AUGCCAAAUCCGGCAUUGCAAUUUGAUCGGACGGAAUUGUUACAAAAAGCCGAACAAAGUUUGCAUGCUAUUGACAUAAUUGGAAGAAAAUUAAUUAUUGGGCGUUCAACAUGCCGAAAUCCCGGUUCCGAGCUUAUUUUAAUACAACUUGAGGCAAAAUUAAUUCGGCAUGCUUCACAAGUAUGUUAUUUAAAUCAGCGUUAUCGAGGUACGAAAUAUCCAUCUCUUAAUGAAUGGUUAACAUACGUUAAUCUGUUACCAACCGAAAUUGUUGCUAUUCUAAAAUGCUUACAAACAUUUUGUGUAUUAAUUACUAUGAACGACAAAGAACUUUUGGAUAUCUGCGAAAAACUUCGAUUCACAUCAGAUGGCCGUCGUAGAUUGCGCAAAUCAUCGUAUUCAUUGCGAAGUUAUAUUUCAAAAUGGAAAGAUGAAGGAUAUGAGCCAAUUCGAUCAUUUAGCGACAGGGAUUUAUGCUGGAUGAGUUUUGAUCAUUUAACUCCGAGUGACAGUAGGCCGUUUCGAUAUGAAAACACUGCGGAAUCGAGUGCCAGCGAUUCUGGCUCAGGUGUGGGAUCAAAUCUCUCACAGUCAUCACUUCCAACAACGACGCCACCAGCUAGCCCAAGUGUUACGAUAAUCAAUACGACACUUUCUAAUACACUUAAUGUUUUUCCAAGGAGUGUUGGCGAAAAAACAUCAGUUUCUAAUCGUCUAUCAACGACGAAUUUAGUGACGGAUGGCCUAAUGCGUUCACAUUCUCAUGAAUCAAAUCUUCAAUAUACGGUUAAUAAUAGAGGAAAUGGAUUAACAAGUUCACGUUCAAUUAAUGAUUGUUUGUCGGUAGUGGAUCGUGGGGCGACUUUAAGUCCAUCAUCUUCGCAUUUAAAUUAUAUGAGCCAGGUAGCAAAUACAAUGCCUCGAACACCAAAAACUGCUCGUGCCAAGCACUCCAUCCCUCAUCAGUGGCAUCGACGAAAAGGUUUUCGUAUUUCUACUGAAAAUUGUCACUUCUGUCAGCGACAGUUAAAUUUUUUCAGCGAAUAUGAGAAAUGCAAAUCGUGCAAAUGGAAAGUACAUUCGCAUUGUAAAGAGAAGAUUGGUGAUUCAUGUGGCCUUACUCCUGCUUAUCUCAAACAGGCAUUAAAAGAAAUGUUCAUGAAAGACAUUGGAAAUGAUGGUUGGACACCGUCGGAAUACAACGUUUCAUCACAUCAAACGUUUCCUUUCGAUCCCAUGGAUAGUUCAUCAAGUGCAAACAGUUCAGCACCUUCAACACCGGCUUUCCCAGCUAUAUAUUCUGCUGUCCUUCCAACAUCAAGUCCAUUCUUGUUGCCAUCAGCACCUCCUUCAUCGUACAGAAGUAACUUUGACUUUCCGGAAGCGGUUCCUGAAGUGCCUGAUAUUGUUGUGGAAGGUGGUUGCAGUGAACAGCAUCGUUUAAUUUCAUCACAAGGCUCAGAUUGUACAGUCAAUUCUACUGGUACCAUUGUUUUUGGUGGUUCAGAAGGUUCCGAAGGCACUUUAUUCAUUGAAUCAGUGAGCAGUAGUGGCGGCAGUUUUGAUAAUAAGGAAGAGCUGGAUAGUUUAAAGUUAAGCCCCCGCUCUAGUUGCUCAUUGAAUCGAGAUAGAUGGAGUAAUGGAACGAUUAGGGUACCAAAUAACUGGAACGACUUCACUAUUCCGUUCAGUCAAAUCGAAUUCAAGAAACAAAGUUUGAUUGGAAAAGGGCGUUUUGGGGAGGUCCACAAAGCAAAUUGGUAUGGUGAUGUAGCAGUAAAAUUGCUGAAUAUGGAUCAUGUAGAUGAAGAAAAGCAAUUAGAGGCUUUCAAGGUAGAAGUUGCAUCGUUCAAGAAUACACGACAUGACAACAUAGUACUCUUUUUGGGCUAUACUUUUGAUAAGCAUAAAUUAGGUAUUGUUAUGCAUUACUGUAAAGGUCGGCCAUUGCACCAGUUACUUCAUGAACAUUAUGAAAAAUUCAAUUUCACUGAGAUCGUACAUUUUGCUACGCAGAUAUGUCAGGGGGUAUCUUACUUACAUACAAAAAGAAUUAUUCACAAAGAUCUGCGAACAAAAAAUAUUUUUGUGGAAAGUCGAAAUCGUAUUGUUCUCACUGAUUUCGGCCUUUUUAACAUGAAAAGACUUGGUCAGCCAUACAGGGAUCAUACACUGGUUGUUCCACGAUACUGGUUGUCUUAUGUUGCUCCGGAACUGAUCAAGGCGUUAUCGGCUGAACUGAUCCAGUUGCCAUUUACGGAAAACAGUGACGUUUACGCAUUUGGGACUAUCUGGUACGAACUAAUGACGUAUCGUUUUCCAUUCCGAGAGCUACAUCCGGAUGUUAUCAUUUGGAAAGUUGGAUGUGGUUUCAAAGCACCUUUUAAUGAUAUUUCUGGUCCUCGGGAAGCCAAGGAUAUUCUAGUACAGUGCUGGGAUUACACGGCAGAGGAAAGACCGACACUCCGUGAUGUCUCAAGAAUGCUGGAAAGACUUCCGAAGAAACGGCUGGGACGCAGUCCUUCAUUUCCAGUCUCGCGAAGCUAUGAAUCUGUUUUUUGA